AUCAUAUAAUUUAACAUUAUCGCGUUUACAUUGAAAUGAACAGUAGGUGAAUUCAGCACCUCCGUUGUGUUUGUUUCGUUCUGGACGGUCACAACAACCUACUUUAGGAGACAAAAGCCAUGGGCUGUUUUUAGGGUCAUUAAAUGUUCAAAUCCCCCCCGUGUGAUCUGAUCUGAUCUGAUUAGUCUAGCUGUGUGAGAUCCUUAUUAGUUAGUUAUUCAGUUGGGAGAAGACAACUAAACAUCAUGACUGAUUUAAAUUAUCAGUCUCAUUCUCUAGUGUCUGCACUAGCUGCGUUUGCUUUCCUUGUAUCUUCAACAUGUCUUUUUUACAGACCCGUGAUUAUAACAAGAAUGGGGAAUUUCACGUCGACAGCACCUGGGUUGUCAAGCUCAGCAUGUACUCAGUUUGUCCAGGAUGUUGUGUCCAGUAACUGUGUUGUGAUAUUCUCCAAAACCACGUGCCCUUACUGUAAGAUGGCGAAGAACGUCUUUAAUGAGAUCGGAGCUACAUAUAAAGUUGUUGAACUGGAUCAGCACAAUGAUGGCGGACGUCUCCAGGAGACCCAAAAACAAAAUGACACAGUGCCAAGAGUCUUUAUUAAUGGCCCUUUUGAGCACCAGCCCUGAGGGCCAGAUACAAAGCAGCUCCACCAGCAAGGGAAACUUCUGCCUCUUAUUGAACAGUGUAGGCUGUGCUGUUUGAGCACCAGCCCUGAGGGCUCAGGCAACGCUCAAUAUCAACAUAAUCAGUCAUAAUGUGUUGUAUUAUGUGUUCAUACUCGUCGGUCACCCGUGAACAGCCCAAACAGAGGUUAAGUAGAUGUGUUUUAGUAUGUAUGCUGCUCUCGGGGGGAAAGAAAAAAAACUUUUCUGAAUGAUUGACAUUGUUAUGAGUAUUGUUAUUUUGGGGUUGUUGUGCACGGAAUGUUUUUUUUUUUUGUUGUUGUUGUAAAAUAUAAUAUCAAAUGGUAUUACACCAAGCAUUUUAGAUGACUUUUUUUUUGACCUGAGUUACAAAGCCUCAGGGUUCCUUUAUGUACAUAAAUAUUUAAAAUAAAGUAUUAAAGUCUUUGAC